GUUUAAUUCUCCCACUCUUGGCGUUUAAUAUAGCUAAUUAGGUACAUACAACUCACUCACUGACCGCCUCCAACUCUAACUUAAGUCUCCGAUAUUCCAUAUCAGUCAACAUGGCUUGUAACUUGGAUUUUAUUUUAAUAUAUCGAUUAGAGGCGUUAAUAGUUUGCUUUUAUUUACAGUCUCCUUAGUUUGUUAGUGAAAUUUUGGUUUAUUUUAUUCUGUUUUUGUUUGUUGUUUUGAGAGAGGCGCACAAGUAACAAGAGGUAUAUCCAAGUAUACAAAGUCCCCACAAGGUAACUCCGAUAAGUACCAGGCAGCCCAGGAUACUAAAGUCCAAUAUCGACGACUAGGUCAACGAAACAUCAUAUUUCAACUACCACCAGCGACUUUUGGUUUUUAGGAAAUAACUCGCCUUAUUAAUGUAAAUAUUCCCCAAAUUCCGCAUAAAACCCAUAUUACGCUAUCAUGAAGCGCUCACGCGAGCCUGAAGAAGACGAAGAAUCCUUGUCGCCAGAGCCUGAGGUUAGUUCAGAAAAAGCAUCUGAUGGCGCCAGCCCUCGACCAAUAGGACUUCCACCCACAAAAAUCACAGAGCUAGACGAAUCCGCUAUCGACGACGACGACGACGGCAAUACCUUCGCAAUGAAAUGUUCCCUACCCCCGCAUCGAGAUGUCAUGUCAUUUAAGACGUAUGCCGAAUACGAAGCUCAUCACAACGGGACCCAUACGAAUCGAUGUGUAGAAUGUGGAAGAAAUUUCCCCUCUGAGCAUUUAUUAAAUGUUCAUAUCGAAGAAUGUCAUGAUGCAUUCGCUGCUGUAAAGAGAGAGAAAGGCGAGCAUACGUAUUCAUGUUUCGUCGAGGGUUGUGAUCGAAAAUGUAGAACGCCUCAAAAGAGGCGUAGUCACCUCAUUGAUAAGCAUAUGUACCCGAAGAAUUACUUUUUCGCAGUCACCAAAGAAGGAGUUGACGGAAGACAAUCAUUACUCCUGGAAGGUGGCCAUCGCCGAAGAUCUUCUACAGCAACCACCGUUAGUGGGCCAAAGACAGCAGCAAGGAGACACAGUCUUCAGAAGCCGGAAAAUUUGAAGUCGGGGACGAAGGAACAAAGAACAGAAAAACCGAAAGUGGUCCCUCCCCCGGCUGAAGCCCCAGAUACAGAGAUGGAAGAUUUAACCGGUGCUAUGUCAGCAUUGCAAUUUGUUCCUACAAGUGUGCGAUUCGGUCAUAGGAAAGGGAAGACUGGGUUUGCAAGACAAUAACGCGAGAAAUGAACAUAACGAAAAUAUAGGGAUGAUAUUAUGAGAAUGAUAAAAACGAGCUUUAUGAGAUUAGGAGGAAUAUUGCAUAUAUAAAGCGUUUUUAGCACGUUCUGAAUUGAACUUUUAAUAUAUU